GAGAAAAGAAGCGGCCGGAGGACCCCUGCGGCGCCGCCAGAUGGAUGGUUGAGACAGGAUAUGCCUGAUUUUAUAUCUCCCCCCUCUUGCUGCUGUUUUUAAACAAUGCUAGAAGAGUGCCAUUUGCAUCUUGCUGUUGCCAUUAUGACUUCUCUUAUGGACAUCUUGAUGCUUCAGUUGUUGUGCACCAUAACUAAAAGCAAAAUGGCUCAAGAAACCAACCAUAGCCAAGUGCCUAUGCUUUGUUCCACUGGAUGUGGAUUUUAUGGCAACCCCCGUACAAAUGGCAUGUGUUCGGUAUGCUACAAAGAGCAUCUUCAACGGCAGAAUGGUAGUAAUGAUAGAAUUAGCCCCUCAGCCACUUCUGUUAAUAGUCUCCCCGAGUCUUUACCUGUUCAGUGCACUGAAGGCAGCAUCCAGGAAGCUCCAUCAACACUAGACUCUACACCUGUACCACUUAUGCAGUCAAGUGCUGUGUCAAGUCCAUCCUCACUCUUAGCAGAAUCAUUAACAUCAUCUGAAGUGGAAAGUACAGACCUAGUGGACAAAACAGUUCCUGAAAGAGAAGAUGUGCAAGCUUCAUCAUCAGAUAGUGCAGAGCCUUCCUCUGAAGAACAAGACAAGUUGCUUGAUAAACCAAAACAGAAAAAAUCUCGCUGCUUCAUGUGCCGGAAGAAGGUUGGUCUUACUGGGUUUGAAUGCAGGUGUGGAAACAUAUUCUGUGGUGUACACCGUUACUCAGAUGUCCACAGUUGCUCUUACAAUUACAAAGCUGAUGCAGCUGAGAAAAUCAGAAAAGAGAAUCCUGUAGUUGUCGGUGAAAAGAUUCAGAAGAUUUGAACUGCUACCCUGGCCGGAAUAUUAAAAUUUCUGACCAUCCGCAGAUGAAAUUGAUUUGAGCUUC